AUGCAUGUGUGGCAUGUAUGCAUGCAUGCAUGCAUGCAUGGACGGAGGGAGGGAUGGAUGGAGGCAGGCAUGCAUGUAUGCACGUACGUGCACAUACGUGCGCAUGUCGGAUGGUGCAUGCAUGUAUGCUUCGAAGGCAAGUGUGGUCAACCCGCCAACCUCUUCUCAAGACCGAGGUCUCGAAGGCGGUAUGCUCUCGAGCCGUGUUUUCUGAUCAGCAAGCUUGCCAUUGCGGAGUUCACGGCAAUGCUUGCGGUUCCAGCAGGUGUGGCCUGUGGCAUAGUUGUCCUGUCUGUCCAUGCCACUUUGGCGGACUGGGACUUGGAUGGCUUGUCAAAGGCCUUGAGCUGGAUUGAAAAAGGGUUUAAGAAGCCGGAUGUGCAGGAGCAGCGCAUGGAAGAUGCCCUGCGGAAGAUGAUGGUGCAACACCUCCAGCAAGCUAUACGUUGUGUGGCGCACUUCCUGGGCGCUCUGGUGCUGUUUCUCUUGUACCGCAUGCAGCAGCAGCCGGACUCUGUCACCGUGGCCCAGUUUGUGGCGGUCUUGGCGCAUUAUCUCUGCUGCUGGUGGGUGGCAAGAUCGCAGUUUACCUUCAACAUGCUUCGACUGAUGACGUUGGUGUCGCAUGCAGGUCACACAUUCUUCAUCGUCAACACACACUUUUCAGAGGAAGCGGACUACCACUUGCUCUCGGUUGUCUCGGCGGCCUUUCACGUGUGUGGGGCGGCUGUCAUUCACGACCCGUCUCUUAUGAUCCCAUGUCAAACUUGGGUUUGUGCGGUGGAAGUUGCAUGCUAUUUCGGACUGGAGGGGAGACGCCGCGGUCCUCCGGGGCAUUUUCUUUGUGGUCAGGCUGUCAUCCUGGCCUUGGGAUGCGUGGUCUCAAUCAUGGUCCAGAACUGGUCCCGAGCUUGCAUCAAAGCUUCAUUCCAGUCGGCGGACGCUAAUCUGUCUUUGGAAGGCUUCCAGCGGGUCUUGCGAAGCGUCUGCGAUGCAGACGUGCUUCUCGAUGAUAGUUUCCAUAUCGUCGGGGACAACACUCGCUUGAGACGCGUCCUGGCAACGCCCACCGAUCUUCAAGGCGUGAAGUUUACCGACCUGCUCGAGCAGGAGGGAAAGACGCAGUUCGAAGACUUCGUCCGGAAGUCAUGCAAUGCAAGCCAAAACCCGGAAGAGAGGAGGGAACUGGAGACUGAGAAAAGUUGCAGCAUUCCGCCGUGUCUGCGUGUCUCACUGCCAAGCGCGUACUCGCGGGUUGGCGUGGACAUUUUCCAUGUUCUUGUGCCGCGCUUUCUGGAUGCUGCAGGACCCCUUCACCUUCUGGCGUUUACGGAAGAUCCAGAUACGAGACUGCAGCCGGAAGCUACACUGGGAGCGAUUCCGGAAGCGCUCUCCAUGUACUCCGAAGACGACCAGGAUCGCCGGUCCACGGUUGCAGAGUCUGAGGCCGCCUACUCAAAACAGAGUCUGAGCAGUUCGAUGCUGUGCAGGGUACAUCCCGUUCCCGAACUGCGUGAGCUUACGAUGCUCGUGGAUGCAAGUACGGACCAGCAGGAUGUGCUGCAAGUACACGCGAAGUUCAAGCGUGACAAGAACCUGCCCAAUGACAUUCACUCGUGCAUGCCAUGCUUACAGACCAUGCUCAGACCAUCGGAUUGGCUCAGCAUCCGUAUGCGCGUGGCGAAGUUUGCGCACGAGCAGUGCCAGGCUGGUUCUCCAGACACACAUGACCUGCCGUCCGUGAUGCUUCGCAGGUUGGACGACCAGAACAAGUUCCUGGCGGCCAAUACGGUCAACCUCGCCCCCUGUCGCGGCCAGGAGCCAUCGAAGAAGUCUUCAUUGGUUUGGGUCUACGUCCGAGAUUUCGUGAAUGACGAGGCCAAGUUCCGAAUGCAGCCGGGUAAUGUCUUAGGCUGA